UGUCACCAUCCAAAAUUAAUGUGAACAGAACUUCCUCAUAUUCCAUCGCGUGUUUUCUCCAGCCAAAUCCAGUUUUGUUUUGAAUUGCUCGAAGAAAAUCCAAUACGGAAUCUAUAAGGUAGCGAUGGGUUACAUGACCGUAGAGGAGCACAGCUCUUCAAUAUUGCACUUGAAAAGAUCGCCUGGUGUACGUUCCUGGUCUCUUCUUGUCGGCGUUGUAUCUGUCGGGUUGGCAGCUGCCUACUACAGCUCAGACAGUUUGUUGUGGAAGCUUUUCUACGUGACAGGCUGUCUGUUUGUGGCGAUGCAGAACAUGGAAGAAUGGGAAGAGGCAGUGUUUGACAAAACCAAAAACAUGAUUGAACUGAAGACAUUCAGUCUCUACACUCUAGUUCUGACAUUGUGGAAAAAAGGGCAGGAAAAAGUGGUGUUGGACCUGAGACAUCUGCGGGACAUUUGUGUGCAGGAGGAAAAGGUGCGAUAUUUGGGGAAAGGCUACUUGCUGAUGCUGCGGUUGGCUACGGGGUUUUCCUACCCCCUUACUCAGAGUGCCACACUAGGAGGAAGAAGUGACGUGGAGGCUGUGGCUACGUUGCUGAAGCGGUUUUUGGGAUUGGAGGGGCAGCGGAGUCACUUCCAAGAAGAGGAAGACGAGUUUGGAGCAGAAGAAGCCGAACCUUUGGACGACAGCAGUGACUCAGAAGAGGAAGCACGUCUCUGAUCGGUCAAGUUUGGCAGUAGCUCAGGAAUAUCAAACGGGCAUUGCACGGGUUUGAUUCAAAUGAAGACACCAUUACUAGUCUUCUGUUUGAACGUAAAGACAUUUAUCUAUCUUAGUCUUUUGAUUUGUACCAUGCAUGUGAGACUCUUUGCAAAAAAAAAUGGAAAUGUUCCUCAUGUGCCUUCUUUGCAUCUUUUGUGUCUAUAUAUAUAUGUCAGGAUACCUGGUCAUGGGCAUGGUCUUGCAGCGUGAAUGUUCUUUGUUUAAUUAAAAUGACUAUAAACCUGCAUGUUUGAAAUUUGAAGAUUUCUCUGAAGGCACGGUUUGAAAAACAGAAUCGAAAUAUAUAUUUUUUAUUUUUGUAGAUUAUGGGCAUUAUGAUAGACUCAGGAUAUGGACACUUGAUUUCCUUUUUUGUCACUUGAGACACAGCACUCCCACACGGCUCUUUCAUGAAUAUGCAAACUAGUUUGUCAAGUACUUGCCUCCUUUGCCUAACUCCAAUAUAAAGCAAUGAUUAUUUUCCUCCUCACUGUCAUGGAAAUGCAGCCCCAUGUAAACACUGCUUAGUUCAGUUUCCUCCAAAUUACACUGCCUUCUUCCUGAGCUCUCGACUGCAUCAAGUGUCGUUCCAAUGAGCUUCCAGGGACCAUCCUUUUAAUAUUCAGCUCGGACAUUUACAGUGGCUGGCAUGUGCAAACUGUACUCAAGUCUAAAGUAAGUGGCAUGCUCAGUAUUUCACCGGAGACAUGUUAAACUAUUUCAUGUGAUGCAAUAAAAUAUUUUUU